UCUCUCUCUCUCUCUCUCUCUCAAUAGUUGUGGUUUGAUGGCAUGACAAAAGCAUGUCUCUUUCUCGGUUUUUCUUUCUCUUGUCUGUGACAGAGAAUACUGUUAUCUAUCGGGACGCAAAACGAAGUUGAUGAAACAUGUCUGUCUAAGGCAAGGGCGUUUCUAGGCAUAGCGCAGACCAACAGUUCCACGAGCUGCUCUGAACGGAGUCAGCGCGUUUUGUCCCCAUCUGCCGCCCUGUUUGAACCAAACACAAUCAUCAUCACAGCCGUGAUGAAGACUACAAUUCACUAACAAAAUGAAACAAAACACCUAAUAGCAUCUCUAUUUUUUUUAUUGUCAGGUCAUAUAGCCUAACAUAUAAUAGCUAGAGCCAUUAAAACCAUAAAAUACCGUGGCCGCGUCUGACUGCCGUGCGCUUUUUACCAAGAACACAAGCGUUUACGGUUUAUUUCUGCACGUUCACACGGCGCAUUACGGCAGCGGUGCUGAUGCGGGAUGAGUCAGGCUAUCUGAAGCCGCUGCCAUUUCAUCAUAAGCGAACAACACACACACACACACACACACACACAUACAUGCACACACACACACACACACACACACACACACACACACACACACACACACACACACACACACACACACACACACACACACACACACACACACACACACACACACACACACACACACACACGACGCGUAGCCUUUUCCCCACACCAGCACCGCCACGGAGCUUCUCUUAAAGGAGAGAAGAAGACGGUGUAUUUUACACCGGAAUCUGAGCCACUUCGGUUCCGUGCGCACGGUGGCGGCUGUGGAUCGUGAUCGCGCGGGGGGCGGUGUGAACGCGCAAAGGAUUCGUGCUGCACCUGCCUCGUCUCCCUGCCAUCUCAUACAGGGCCCGUCUCCCUACGAGGAGAUCCACCUCUUCAGACCGCGGUUGAUCACACUGCUCCCGGGUUGGAGGUCGCUGCUGGGGGUCCCUCCGGAGGAUUUGGUGUUUCCUGAGGGUCUCUGCGCCAUGGAGCUGAGCGCCUGUUAAAGCCCGCUCCGGAACGGCGCUAUAACGGCCGAAGGAGAGCAGGCGGGCACGUUUUAAUCAGGGACGUUGGUGGACAUCAGAACCUUCAUAUUAUAUCGGCUGCUUUGGUUUGUUUUCCCGUCUGGUGGUUUGAGUUUGGUGUGGGGUGGUGGUGGGAUGUGAUGAUUGUGUACUACGAUCCCACUAGAAUGAUCCGAUUCAUAGGACUCGGUCCCUGUGCCAAGGGGGCGGUUCAAACUGACCUGUAUGUCACGCAGACUUUGACUCGCAAAAACACGGAGAACUUUACAAACCAACACCUAUGGAGGCCAUAUUAGACAUGUUAGACAUAGCUAUUCGAUUAGUUAAAUGCACCCGGUGUGGUGGGCGACGCGGGGUUGAGGCGACAGCAGGCCCUAGCUCUGUCCUGUCCGCCGGGGAUCUGGCCUCUGAUCGCAUACCAUUCACCCAACUACGCAAUCGCCAACCCCCUGCUAGUGGGUUGGGGGUAAAAUAGCCCUUGCAGUAAAGCAAACACCGCUGGUUUUACAGCCCACCAUCAACCAGGGGGGCAAUUCAUUGUCCGCAGAUCGCAGUGGCCCUUUGCGCCAGUCUGGGCAUUUUUUUUGCGCACAAUAACAGUUUGACAUGUUUCACUAGUCUGAGACCACGUGAGGCUGAGGUUAAGGGGGGACACACAAGUUUAAUAAUUAGCCCUUUAUUGAGGACGAGGCCAAUAGGACGAAGAUUUAGGUCACCGCAAACGUUUGGAAAAGUCCACCUCAUUAAAACAGAGCCGUUUGGAGAUUAUUUCUAAAUAGCUCUGCGUUCAAACAUCAGUCGACCCGUGUGGAGGCAGCGGGCUAUUCGCGUCUGGCGCCCGUCACGUGGUGAUAAUUGAAUCACACUUUUCUGAAGAGUCGACAACAGGCGCAUAUUUUUUGGUGUGUGUGUGUGUGUGUGUGUGUGUGUGUGUGUGUGUGUGUGUGUGUGUGUGUGUGUGUGUGUGUGCGUGCGUGUGUUCGUGUGUUCGUGUGUGUGUGUGUGUGUGUGUGUGUGUGAGAGUGUGUGUGUGUGUGCAUGUGUGUGUGUGCGCCUGCGUGCAUGUGUGCACGUGUGCUUGCAGUCACACUUUACUGAGACGAAUCGAAAGGGAGAUUAAAUUGAAGAUGCGAUUGUUUUUGUGACCCACUCCAAACAAAGGGCUCUCGAGUUCUCGCUUUUAAUGUUUUUGUUGUAAACCAAACUAGCGUCGCCUGGAAGAGACGUGGGGGGAGGGAGGACGAGACUGUAGAGCAAGUUAUUUUCAACAAUAUCCGCUCUGCGACGGAGCGCUAUCGUUUAACAUACACUUUUCUCACUCACUAUACCGUCACCAGAUCGCGAUAGACAGGCGGCCAUGGAGGCGAUAUGGUUGUACCAGUUCCGGCUGAUCGUCAUCGGGGACUCGACCGUGGGCAAGUCCUGCCUCAUCCGCCGCUUCACCGAGGGACGCUUCGCUCAUGUGUCGGACCCCACGGUCGGCGUGGACUUCUUCUCGCGCCUCGUGGAGAUAGAACCCGGCAAGAGGAUCAAACUGCAGAUCUGGGACACCGCGGGGCAGGAGCGCUUCAGGUCCAUCACCAGGGCCUACUACCGCAACUCGGUGGGCGGGCUCCUCCUCUUCGACAUCACCAACCGCCGCUCCUUCCAGAACGUCCACGAUUGGCUGGAGGAGGCCCGUAGCCACGUGCAGCCCCACAGCAUCGUCUUCCUAUUGGUCGGCCACAAAUGUGACCUGGAGGCCCAGCGUCAGGUGACCCGGCAGGAGGCGGAGAAGCUGGCGGGCGCGUACGGCAUGCGCUACGUGGAGACCUCGGCGCGGGACGCCAUCAACGUGGAGCACGCCUUCACCGAGCUGACGCGGGACAUCUUCGCCCUGGUGCGCUCGGGCGACAUCACCAUCCAGGAGGGCUGGGAGGGCGUCAAGAGCGGCUUCGUGCCCAACGUGGUCCACUCCUCCGAGGAGGUGACCAAGAGCGACCGCCGCUGCCUCUGCUGAUCCCGGGAGAGAGGAGGGCCGAGGAGGAGGAGCAGGAGGAGGAGGAGGAGCAGGAGCAGGUGGAGGAGGAGUUGGACAAGGAGCAGGAGGAGGUGGUGGAGGUGGAGGAGGAAGGGGGAUGGGUUGUUGUUGAUCCGCGGGACGGGGAGGAAGAGGAGAAGGUGGAGGAGGAGGGGACAGACGAGGAUGGACGCCGCAUUGGUGGUUGGCGUGGACUGUUGUUUCUUUCCCUUGCCUACUAUUGGUCAGCCUCGUCGCCUCCUGUGUUCUGAUUGGACGUUGGGGAGCAUGACAGGUAAAUGGGGGGGGAGGACAUGCUGAUUGACAUCAGGACACAGAAAGAGGAUUCCGAUGACACCGAUUGGCUGGAUUUGCACUACCCUACCCACCAAUGUCCCCUGCUUCCUCCUGUCUUCUGAUCGGACGUUGAGGAGGAUGAUUGACAGAGAAUAAGGGGAAGAAGGGAACGGAACAGCACCUUUUGUUUACUUUGGAUUUUGUUUACUUGGAGGCUUCAUGUUACCAGGUUGUUUUAUCGUGCAGGAGAUCAUUUAGUUUAUCUGUUUGCUGGCUGGAAGUUUCUGUCCAGAAGCAGCUGAGCCAUAUCAACGGUUAGUUCAGACCCUACCUUUUACACCUCUUGCUUGGGUCGGAUCCGUUUCUUCUCCAUCGCUUGCCUCCUCCUCCCGAUUGGGCUCCUCUCUUCCUUUUUAUGCAAUCACACACUCCCCGAGAGGAGGUCCUGGUACGAAUGAACGUUGGUGUGUGACCAUUUUAACAAGCCAUCGAACCACGAAACUAUAUACUCCCCACGAAACCCGCCAUUCCUUGUUAUGAAACCAUUCAGCCAUUCACACCAGACGACGCAUACUCAUUUUGAACAAUGCCAUGGAUGCCCCAAGUUGAGCUCAACUUUAAGACCAAAUGGUCCCCCCCCCCCCCCCCUUUGCCAUCCUUCCCCCCCCUCCAUGGGUCCUCAAAUAACACAAACUCCACGGGACUUCUCCUGGCGGAACUACCCUUGAGGUUACCUUUCUCUGCUGGAGGAGGGGUUGGGUGUCAUUGUUGGAAUGUUCAGACACACCUGAGCUCCAGAUGUUACUGGACUACAGAUGUGGGAAAGGCCCCCCGUGUGGAGGCGAUAUCUCUCAAAAGGAAAGGGAACUGUCCUGGGAGGUAUCCUCCAGAGAAUGGGAGGGGUGCCCUCUCCAACAUGGACGCCCUGAAAACGCAUACAAAAUUGAAAGCAACCAACACUACAGUUACAUAAAGGGUUAGCCCCUACUGUCCCUGCGCCCGGGGGCUUCAAAGACAAACUGGCCCCUACUUCAGACAACCACAGCUGCAAGGGGGAGCUGGCGGAUCUUAGUUUAACGUGAGUUAGACACAAGACUGCGUGUUUGUAAUAUAACAUCAAAGCAAUGACCUGCGUUUCCAUUGCACUUCUGAAGUCUCCACCACGAUAUGGACGUCGUCCCACUAUAGCAUAGCAAAACCAAGGGCGCACACCACACUCAUAAUAACCGUGGUAUCUUACCUACUGGGGACGUUUGUGUCCGAGGAGGAUGGGAUAGCUUUACGUUGGAGCACAAGGUCAUCUCCAGUCUGACCUGGGAAGUACCUAGCCAUGCCGGUACUGGCUGGGGAGGAGCCUUCAGCACCAUCUGGUGGUCGGUUUUGAUGCUGCGUUUAAUAUUUUGGAAUUCAGGGGAAACUGAAUCCCCUAGUUUACUUGGGUCAUGUGGCUUAAUUUUAUUUCAUCAUUACAAACGCACAUGCAAUAUGCUUGGAUAUGACUGGUGUGCCACCUCCCAGAUAGAUCAAAUGCUAUCGGAUAUUGAUUUGGAGCAUCUGCAUUAAAUCUUUGAUAUCAAUGAUUCAAAGGGGAAUUAAGCGGCAACGGUUUCGGCACAUGCUCUGUAAUGUUCCAGACAGUUAUAGGGCAGAACUGUUAAAUAUAUAUCAUGGUAGAUAAGGAUGUUUUUUAUCCCAUGUUAAUACACAUGUUAGAUAAAGACUGACUUUUUAAAAGGUUGACGGUGAGGAGUCUAUGCGUUGGUGAAGAAACACUAAAAUGAGUUUAGUUAUCCGUUCCUCCAGAAGUCUGCUGUACCUGAACCGUUUUAAUUCCUCUUGUAGGACCUUUCACUGAAUAGGGUCCCUAUUCAAACCCCCAGUGUCAUGUUGAUGAGCCAUUACAAGACAUCAAAUCAUCCAUCUUAAGUGUCCACCCAGAUGGAUGACGGAUGACUCGACCAGCAUACAUACAGUGCACCAAUGGAAACCUCCCGGCUUGUGUACACCCUUUUAUUAGGAUGUCACGCAGGAACUGAUUUCGGACUUAACGUCCGGUCAAUGACGGGUUUUGUUUUAAUCUCUAGUGUUCCCGAGCUUCCUGCCUUCCAAGGUUCAUCCAAUGUUCCCGGCUCGCCUUCUUACUUUGAAAUGGACAAUUGGUAAGAAGGUUAAGGGCCUCUGCACUUUGAAGAGCGUUUUCACACGUUGCUUCAUCCAAUUUGGACCGGCACACUUUGAGGAAGUAGUAGGAAGUAGACGUCAGCAUAAUGAGUCAUGUUUUUCAGACUAAUCCCAAUCAGUUUAUGACCUCACUGCUGAACACUGAAUCAAACCUAUUUGGAAAAAGGGGCAAGGAAAUCUCACUUUAAACCUGAGCAAUGCCUGGAAUAGACAGUGUUUGGUUUGAUGCUGUGUGUUGCUGGUCUGGUUGUGGUCCCUGAUACACUUGUAGAAUUUUUUUUGUCCAAGAGGAACACGCUUUGGUUCUCUAUUUCCACGGCCGUCAAUAAGUCACCCUCCCUCUCUCUGCUCUACAACUUAUCUAUCCAUCAACUAGAAAUGUACAUUUUAAAACAAAAUAAAAUAACUGCUUGAGAAU